UUCUUUACCUUUUGUCAUCAAAACCUGCUUAUUUCCCUUCGAAUUCUCCAUUUUCCUUUAGAAAUGGAGAUAUUUAGCUUGAAAAACCAAUGGAUAAAUCUUCUUUGCAUUAUUAUAUUUACCCUGCUGUCAAUAUCCUCCAAGCCUGCUACAUUGGCAUUGAGGAGCAACGAAAACGACAUGCUAGCUUUGCUUUCUUUGAAGGAUCAGCUUGUUGGGGAUUCUCAUGGAGUUUUAACUUCAUGGAAUGCUUCCUUCCAUUGCUGUCAAUGGCAAGGUGUUCAAUGUGGUCGUCGGCACCAAAGGGUAGUUUCAUUGAACAUGAGUGGUUUGUCAUUAGCCGGCUUUAUAUCUCCGGCUAUUGGAAACUUAACCUUCCUUAGAGAAGUUGACUUCUCUUAUAACAAAUUGCAAGGAAGCAUCCCAAGGGAAGUUGGCCACUUGAGACGACUCGUUUAUUUAAGUCUAGAAUACAAUCAUCUCAAUGGUGAAAUCCCUCAAGAGCUCAGCAAUUGUUCUAAUCUCCAAGAGAUUGCCUUCAAUGCCAAUAACAUUACUGGAGAAAUCCCAGUGUCCUUGGGUGAUAUGAAGAAUCUCAUCGAACUUCAUCUUGCUGGCAAUCUUUUAAUUGGAGGUAUUCCAGAUUCCCUAGGAAACAUUUCCACCUUGAAAAUCCUAUCACUUGAACAAAAUAAGCUGAAGGGAACUAUACCCAGUUCUCUAGGCAAAUUAUCCAACUUGGAAUACAUGUAUAUUGGAACAAAUAAGCUGUCCGGAUCAGUUCCUCCAGUGCACAACUUUUCAUCUUUGCUAGUUCUUGAUGCAGCUGAAAACCAAUUAUCUGGGAAUCUUCCGCCAGAAAUAGACUGUACUUUUCCAAAUCUGGAAGCGAUUUUUAUUGGCCUUAAUCAGCUUACUGGAGAAAUUCCAAGGUCAAUAUCCAACAUAUCUAGCCUGGAACUAUUUGACAUAGCCUUAAAUGGUUUCACUGGAUCAGUUCCUGAGAAUAUGGGAAACCUGAGGAAUCUUCUAGAUUUAACCAUUUCAGGCAAUUACCUUGGAAGUGGGAAACCAGGAGACUUGAGCUUUCUCUCAUCUUUAAGCAACUGCAGCCGAUUGCAAUCUUUGGCUAUAAAUUACAAUCACCUUUAUGGGGUGAUUCCAGAUUCCAUAGCCAAUUUUUCAAUCUGGCUUGAAGAGCUUUUUAUGGGAGACAAUCAGAUCAUCGGACACAUUCCUCAAGGAAUUGGCAAUCUCAUUAACCUGGAUCUUAUGGAAAUGAAAGGAACUUUCAUUGCUGGUGAAAUUCCCAUUUCCAUUGGAAAUCUUCAAAAUCUUGAAGGAUUGUACCUCGGAUUUAAUCAUUUGUCUGGUAAAAUCCCAUCCUCCAUUGGUAAUCUCUCUCGACUAUCCGAUCUAAACUUAUCCAAUAACAAAUUCGCUGGAGCAAUUCCUUUAUCCCUCAAGCAAUGCACAAAUUUGCAAAAACUAGAUCUUUCCACUAACAACCUUAAUGGUAGUAUCCCAUAUCAGUUAUUUGGUGCUUUUGAAAGACUGAUUUAUCUUAAUUUGUCUCACAACUCUUUCACUGGUUCCCUUCCAUCAGAUAUGAGAAACAUGAAGAAUCUUGUCGAGUUUUAUGUUCAUAAUAACAAUUUCCAUGGUGAAAUUCCCAUGACACUUGGGGGGAGUUUAGAACUUACAACUCUCUUCAUGCAAAAAAACUCAUUCCAUGGUACCAUCCCUCAAUCUUUUGCCUCCUUGAGAUCUCUUGAGAACUUAGAUCUUUCAAAUAACAAUUUGUCUGGCACCAUACCACCUGAACUUCAAAAACUUCCUUUUCUAGUGAGAUUAAACCUUUCUUUUAAUCAACUAGAGGGUGAAGUGCCAAAAAAAGGAGUUUUUAAAAAUGCCACUGGAUUUUCUUUCUUCGGAAAUAAAAACCUUUGUGGAGGAAUUCCAAAAAUACAGCUUCCCAAGUGCUUCAGUGAGAAACCAAAGGAAAAGGGAAAGGUUUUAUCAACCAAAACCAUUAUUGCUAUUAUCAUCAGCAUUCUUCUUGGCUCUAUUUUGGUUGUUCUUCUUGUUUAUCAUUCCUUGAGACAGAAGGCAAGAAGGGGAACAUUUAUGCCAUCAUCUUUGUUCGACAAUGGCUGCUUGCGUUUAUCCUACAAAGAGCUUCUUGAAUGCACCCACGGUUUUGCUUCCUCCAACUUGAUUGGAACUGGAAGUUUUGGCUCUGUAUAUAAAGGAGUUCUUUAUCAACAUGAAAAGCCUCUUGCUGUCAAGGUACUUAACCUUCGAAACCAUAGGGCUGCAAGAAGUUUCAUUGCAGAAUGCAAGGCUUUAAGGAAAAUUCGACAUCGGAAUCUUGUCAAAAUUAUAACUUCUUGCUCAAGCAUUGAUUAUCAAGGCAAUGAAUUCAAGGCUUUAGUUUUUGAAUUCAUGCCUAAUGGGAGUUUAGAAAGCUGGAUACAUGAGCAACAUGAUCAGUCAAGGUAUUUGAACAUUGCUCAAAGGUUAGACAUUGCUAUUGACAUGGCCAAUGCUAUAGAUUAUCUUCAACAUGGUUGCGGGACGAUGGUUGUUCAUUGCGAUCUGAAGCCUUCCAAUGUCCUUCUUGACGAUGAUAUGGUUGCACACGUCGCCGAUUUUGGAUUGGCAAAGCUCUUGUCUACCGACACAAGCAAUAUUGGAAGCGAUCAAACAAGUUCCUCAGUGAUCAAGGGAACAACUGGCUACGUUGCCCCAGAAUAUGGCAUGAGUGGAUCAGUCUCUCCAGAAGGUGAUAUCUAUAGCUACGGUAUUAUGCUUUUAGAAAUGAUAACCGGAAGGAGACCAACAUGUGAUUUGUUUCACGAUGGCUUAAGCCUUCAUAAUUUCUGCAAAAUGGCACUACGAGAAGGCUUGAAGGAGAUUUUUGAUGUUCGUUUAGUUGAAGAAAUUGGUGUAAACAGGAAGAGAAUAAGAAAUAAGCCGAACAUGGAAGCUGAGAUAUGGGAAUGCUUUGUUUCUUUCACUAAAAUUGGAGUUUCAUGCUCCACUGAAGUGGCUACUGAUAGAUUGAGAAUUAGAGAUGCCAUCAUUGAACUUCAUGCAACCAAAGCAAGGUUGCUUCGAACCGGGUUUUAUGGAAGGGACAAUAGAUAGGUAGCAAAAGCUGGUGAAAUGAAAUAGAGUAGAGUUUUGAAUUUUACUGAGUGAAGUUGAUUUUGGGUAAAAUCAAUCCGAAAUGGUUAGUUCAGGUUUUGGAAUUUGUGGGUCAUAGUGAGUUAAUUUUAAAUUUCCAAUGGUUUUCGAUUUUAGUUAGUUUCAUGUUAGUGUGGUUUUUAUUGAGUUUAAAAUUUAAAAAAAAAAUGUUACUCAUUGCUUUGCAUUCACUAAGUUAGAAUUAAUAAUUGAGAUAUUUCACCUUUA